AAAUUGAUUGAGUCAUCUCAAACUACAAAACCGUUCCGGCGCUAAUGUUGUUUUUCUUCACAACGGGCUAUACGCUGGGUUGGGAACGUAUCGAAUGAGCUAUGGUGUAAACAUCUGGCCUCAACGAAAAUUUCUUGAUAAGAUUAUAUUAUAUUACCACGUCAUCUGUAUUGCAAAUAAACAACAUUAACUAUUUUGGUUAUCUGUGUAACUAGCAAAGCGUGGUAUUUUAUUGAGUCAGAAACAUGAAUAGUCCACCAUCUAGAAAAAGGAAUAGUUCAGGAGAACCAUUCGCAUUAAAAUCACCAAAAAUUUGCAAAGUGGAUAUUUCUGUGAAAGAAAAUACGCCUCCUGAGGUUGAUGUCUCUAAUAACUUAAGCAAUUCUGGAAGAAUCACCCCUAAAAAGUGUACUAAAAUUAAAGAUGAACCUAUCACACCAAAUGCUAACAUUAAAUUGCUGACAUCAUUGGCUGCCUCUCUUGAUUAUGCUAAUAUAUGCAACACUCCAAAGUCAGCAAAAUCUGAAGAAAACUGUAUUGAAUACAGCAAUGAAGAAGAUAUUAUUUUAGAUUCAACUUUCAAACCCAGCCGAAAAGAAAAGUCAUUAGCUUUAGUUUGCUUUAAGUUUCUUACUAUGUACCCUCUUGAUCCUGAUCCUAAAGAAAAUAUUGUUGUGUCACUGCAUGAAGCAUCAUGGAAAUUAAAAGUGGAAAGACGACGUCUGUAUGAUAUUAUUAAUGUCUUUGAAAGCAUUGAAAUGCUUUCUAAGGUGGCAAAGAAUCAUUAUAUCUGGUAUGGACGAAGAUUUCUUUUAAGAUCUUUGAACUCCAUAAAGAACUCUGCUGUUUGUGAAGGGAUUGCAAGGAAAUUUAAAUAUGUUCAGGAUGUUGAGAGUAGUUCUAAUUAUCAAAGGCAGUCAUGUAUUUUAGAUGAAGUGCAAGACUUUAGUAAACGACUAGAUAGAGAGUGUGAAUCUGUUGUUAAAGAACUGCUAACCCCUACUUUUUCACAUCCAGAAGUUCGAAAAGAAAAGUCAUUGGCUGCUAUGAGUCAAAAGUUUUUGAUGCUCUUUUUAGUGUCUCCUACAAAAGUUGUUAGUCUCGGUGAAGCUGCUAAAGUUUUGAAUGGAUUUCAAACAAUUGAAAAAGGUGCUCAGAUUAAAACUCAAAUUAGACGUUUGUAUGAUAUUGCUAAUGUGCUGUCAAGCAUUAAUCUUAUUAAAAAACAAGUUAUUAAAAGUGCGAAUGGAAAGAAGCCCGCUUUUAAAUAUGUUGGGCCAGAUGCAGACAGUUACAGUAGUAAAGAAACUGUACUGAUGAAUUCCUUUAGAAAAAUCAAACCAAAGAGUUUGAUUCGUCAUUCUUCAUUUCAAGAAAUUUGUGAGGUUGCAGAACUUGAACAUCAGAAACUUUGCCUAGAGGAAACUCCAAAUUCUGCACCUCCUUUUGAAAAUAGCUUAGGAAAAGGACCUCACUGUGUGAAUUUCAAUAUCAAUAGUAAAAAUGAUAGUACUUCCAAUGGUUUAAGAGCCAAUUAUGUCUUCAGCAAUGCUAAAAAAUCUGUUCCAAAACCUGCAAAAAUACCAAUUGCAAGAACUGUGAAGGCACAGAUUCCUACAUUGGCCAAAAGUGGGUCAUAUUUUGUUUUGAAUCACAAUACAACCAUUCCUCAACCAGGAACUAUAUUUGUCAUAAAUCAUUGCUCUCUUCCAAUUAAACAAUCAAGAGAUGAGGAAAAUAAGAAAAACUCUGCCAAGACUUCUCAAACAAUUGAAUUAUCUCCUGCUCAACGUGAUAAUAUUUUGAAAUCUCUAAACAUCUCUCUUACACCAGGUCAAGUAGCUGCUAUUCAACUUGCUGGUUCUACUCAAUCUUUUAAUACAACUCCAAAUAAUCAAUGUAAUGUACUAAAAAUUAUCGAUAAUGGUAAUAAAAUAAGUUCUGUAGAACUUAAACAACAAGAUCUUUUUAAAGAUGUCAGUGCUCAUAACAAUGAAAGUGAUAAAUCAUCAACCGCCAAUAGUUCCAGGAACAGUAGCCCGGUCUCUCAAACUAAAGGAAUUUACUCUCCCCUUAGCAUACCUAGUGGCUAUACUACUCCAAUACCAUCUUCAAUGUCGGAUAUAACUUCGUUUCCCUCAAACAGUGAAGUUGAUUCAAUAUUGAAGAAAAUUGAAAAUCGCAAUGAUGUGCCUGUAAUUGGAGAGAACAUAAAGAAGCACGAAGGUAUGCUUCAAUCUUUCAGAAAUUGUGUGCCAAUAAAGGGUAUGCCACUAUCUCGUCACAAUUCAGAUAGCUGCAGCAGCGAAAGUCUGAAUGCUGAAGUUACCAACAUAUUGAAAGAAGUUCCUUUGGGUGCAACUGCCACAGCAUCUCGUCCACAUUCUUUCUUGAUUGAUGAAAAAACCAUUUUAAGCCCGAUUAAGAAACCGAAUGGAUGUGCUAAAAUUCUUUCACCUUCUCCACUAAUGACGCCACCUUACAUUAGCUCUGAUGCUAUUUUUCUGUAUCAACCCUUUAUAAAACUUCAAAACACUGCUAGCAAUAAAUUAGAGUCAUCAUUAUUGAAGCUUGAAAAUGAUACUGUGUGUGACAAAAAAGUUUGAAUCCCUCUUGUCAUAAAUUUAAAGGGUUGAAAAAUGAUGCAAAUUAUUUAUUUAUUCUUAUGUAUAGGCGUAGUUUUUGUUUUUCUAUUUAAAAGUUUUGAAUUUAUUUAUGUAUUAGAUACCUAGAGAAAUAUAUUAUACAUGUCCUUAAUAAAACAUGUUGAAACUAUUUUUCA